AUUUCCUCUGGGCCGGAACUAAAAUUUCUGACUCCAAAAUCUUCGUCCACAUCAUUAGAUUUUUAAACGGCAAAGCAGCAACACCUUCUGGAUUAUCACAGUUUGACAGAUCCAACGAUACGUUGAGAAGAUGAGGAUUUGUUUUCUCUUCUGUAUUUUCUGCCUGAUGUUUCCCAUGAGCCAAAGUGAGCAGAUGGGUCCCCCUGGUGGUAAUAGUGACAGAGGACCACCUGGACCACCUGGACCACCUGGACCACCUGGAGCACCAGGACCACCUGGAGCACCAGGGGCCAUUGCACAAAGCGGACCACCUGGACCAGCUGGACCAGCUGGAGCACCUGGAGCAUAUGGACCACCUGGACUAUAUGGAAUACCUGGACGCGCCUCCGUGUGUGAACGAAAGCUCUUUAAAUCUUUCAGACGGGAUGUCGAAGGACUGAUGAAGAUCACCGCUAAGCUGGACCUUGCUAUAACCUUUGACCUUGUGCGGAAGGUGGGUCAGAAAUACUUUGUGUCCAACAAGGAGAGAGGAUCUUUCCAGAAGGCUGCAGAUUUCUGCCAGCAACGAGGCUUGGAGCUGGCUCUGCCCCAGAGUGAGGAGGAGAACCACAUGCUGCUUCAGCUGAUGGGUCAAGAUGAGAAAAGAGCCUGGAUCAACAUCAACAUGAGAAAAGCAGGAGGGAACUUCCUGUCCGACAUGAAAAAUCGACCUCUGACCUUUACCAAAUGGGGAGAAAGCCAGCCGGAUGAAAGCAUUCAGGACAGCGGCUGCAGCAUGGCAGCUGAGGACGGCACCUGGAGAGUGACGGCAGACUGUUCUCUGGACGCUGACAUCAUCUGUCAGCUGUAGGAAGAUCAUCCACCAGGCAGGAAGCACCACCCGAAAGAAAUCAGUUACUACAAAAUGAUUUAUUGUUUGCUUUCUUUUUACAUUGUUGGGUCUUUUUUUAUUAUUUUCAACCAUUUCUUUACAUAACCUGUAUGUUCUUAAGCAACCAAAAGCCCAGCAAGCUGACCUGCAAAGUAUGUUAGCUCAGACUAUAUAUGCUCAAGUGCAUAGCAAUGGUAAUACCUAACACUUGAACAAAUAAACUAAUAAACGAGC